AAUUUUCUAUACAUACCCAUUAAUAAGUUGAAAUUGGUUCAAUCGAUUAUUAAUUAUUAAACAUUCUCCUUACGCCAUUAUAUAGCCCUGUACGAUUUAAUUUAAUUCAGAAAAGACGUACAGAUGAUGAAGGUGAUAUUUUAUAAAUUUAUAUCGAUAUAUUGUUUGAUUAAGGAUCUGUUGGGAAUACCGCCAGGUUUUACCAAUAAAACUUCAUUUCCGAUUGGUUUACUAGUACACAUAUGUCUUCUCACAUUAUCAUUUAUAAUUAUAUUAUGUUUGAUCGUUUCAUGUAUUAUAAUACAAAUCUUUUUGUGGGGAAUGGAUUUGUGGUUAAUGUACAAAUUGGGCCGGAAUUACGGUGGUAGAUUAAUAGGACAAGACGCAGCUUUGGAAUCGACCGACGAGAAAAUUCCGAUUUCGAUCAUAAUAAUUUUGAAUCAUGACGAAGAUCGGGCAGCCCUUAAUAAACGGUUAGAAGAAACAUGUAAAAGAGUACAUAACAGUCUUGGUAAACUAUCGUGUACAAUAGAAAGGUGUUUGGGUUUUCCUUAUUACGUAAAGAAUCAAGUAACUGACGAAGAUAUCUGUGUUUACACUAAAGUUAACGAUAAAGAAUAUUUAACCAGAGAUGAAUUAUUGGAACAUAUUCGCAAGAACUGCAUGGUUAACGUUAUUAAUCAAAAAAGGUUGUGGUAUGGACGAAUAUUUACGCAGAACGUUAUAUGGAAUAAACAAAGCGAAACGAAGAAACAAGCAGCGGUAAUGUUAGUCUUUAGACAUUCUUUGGCCGAUGGUGUUGCUCUAAUAGGGUUCUUAAAAAAUUUUAUGAUCCGUGAAAAAAAUCCUCAACUCAUGCAACUCGACCCAAAAUAUACAGCAAAACCAAAAUUUUCCCUCGAUAACGCUUACAUUUAUCGCAAUCUACUCACUUCUAAACGAGAUGAACCCAAAUUUAAUGUGAUAAACAACGAACGUCAUGUAGUCUUUUAUAUAGAAGACGAAAUUAAGUAUGUUCCGUUAAUAAAAAAAAUCAAAAAUAAGUUGGGGAUAGGAUUUACUGAGAUAUUAAUUGCUGGAUUAACCGCUAGUUUAGCGGAAAUACUAGCGAGAAGAGGUGAAAAAAUGGAUAAGUGUUCCACAGCGCUUAUAUUUAGGCCCAUAGACGAAGAUUUAGUGAGUAUUGUUAAUGGAACGUACAAUUACAAUAAACUUACGAAUAACUCAAUACCAAUUGUACUUAACACUCAAGUUACAAUGCAGAAAGAAUCUACGAUGUUAGAUCGGCUUAAAUCCAUUGGAAAUGAACUUAAUAAAGGAAAAUUUUCAAUUGAUGGUUUGGUGUAUUAUGAACUUUCAAACAUGGGACAUUUGAUACCUUCUUCCAUUGUAAAACAAAUCGUUUCCCACACUAGUAACUUAACAGCAGGUGCAACUAAUGUUGGUGGAUUGAAAGCGGGAACAAUAGCUGGAUGUGAAGUUGAAGCAGCUAUGUCAUUUAUUACGUACUUCAGCAACACAUGUUUUGUUUUAUCGAUAAUUUCGAAAGACGAUCGUUUUCAAUUAGCUCUGACUAUGAAGGAGAAUGUUGUGAAAAGUAGAAAAGAAGCUCAAGAUGUUAUUGAUAACGUAUUUAUGUUUGUUGAUAAUUUAAGUGAAGAAUUACAAAUCCAAUAAUCUAAAUCAUUUCUUACGAUUACUAUUGCAUAAGAUAUAAAAGCACAAUUAUUGUAACUGAAGAAUAAAUAAAUAUAAAAUUAUU